UAAUCUGAUGUCUUAUUCACUACCAGUGGUUAAAAUUAUCAAAUGAGUUUCACAACAUUGAAACUCUGCUUUUUCGUCGUGUAGGUGGUACAUUUUACCAUGACAAUCGGUUUCACUAUCCGAUAUGCGAUGUAAACAAAAGUGUUCAUCGUUACUUGACGUCUCAAAAUGAAUAUAAUACCCAUCAAGAACGAAACAGAAGAUAUUCGGAUCGGUUUAUCUAUCAAUUCAAAAAUAGCAACCGUGAAAAUGAAACUCAAAGGCAAAAAAAUUAAUUUCAAUUUGAGGAUUGAUAUAUUUUUAAGUGCAGUUACAUUUUUUUAUUUUGAAAAUAAUCUUAAAUGGAUAGCAAUACCAACUGGAAGCUCUUCUCGUGAUAACGAUAUUAUCAAAACUAGAAAGCUUUGUGCAGGGAAGCGUACGCUACAGGAAGUUGCUUUACCGCUGAUUGCACGUGGGCGUUGUCAAAUUGAUGUUGGGAGCGAAUGCAAACAUUCCUAAGUAGUUUUGGACAUCGGGGAUAUCAUCCGGCAUUUCCGUACGUAUAACGUAUUGAACGUUAUAACUUAAAUAAAUUAUAUGAAUUAUAUACUAUGAUGGCUGCUGUGAUAACGUAUGAACUGGUCGAGGUCAGUCAGUUGCUUGUCAAAUCCCAAGAAUUUAAUAUUGAAUAUUGCAUCUGAGCUCAACGUAAUACAGAUAUUCAGUACAAGUUACUGGCACUGAUAUUCGUUUUCGUUUCUGUGAUGAUAAUGAAUUUCAACUUUGACAAUAUAUAAACGAAUGUGAACUUUGACUGAGGAAUGAAUACCAACAAAUGUGUUCAUCGAAAAUCAACAUUUCGAUUUGUCUAGCGACCGUUGUCUAGCUACAGUUUAUGUUUGUGGUGAUUUUUCUCAGCACUGUUCACUACACUAUACUUGAUUGAUACUAUUGCUAAAAAACCACUUAGAUUCCAUACCUAACCUAUCGAGUUGGACAGUGAACUGCAAAGCCUAGCGAGUGAAAAGGCCACUGAUACUUUUAAAGCGGUCGAAUAAAAAACCUGCUGCGAAAAUCAGUGCGUUGCCUUUGUUUGCUGUCGCAACAAUCUUUAAAAGUAUCAUCAUGAGUCAUCCAUCCUCCCGUGUAUCAACGAGAGCGAGUGUCGUGAGCCGAUCGUCGUCACACUUAUCCAUUAGUAUGGCAAACUUGCGAGAACGUCAAAAGUUGGAAAGACAACGGACGGAGAUCGCAAUGGAAAAACGAUUCCUACAGGAGCAGCAAAAGCUACUUGAGGCUGCGAUUGCUACUGAAGAAGAGAAAAGAAGCCGUGUAAGCCACGAUACCAGCAUGAGAAGAGUCCAUGAAUGGAUCGGAGACAUCGCGGAUUUGCAAAUUAGCGCGGUAAUACAAACGCCAGCAGCUUUAGCAUUCCAGCGGCAUGAUCCGCAUUCAACACAGAUUAGCUUUGGAGCUGAAGCGGUAGGCGGUCUCACUGAAGGAUUACCGUCAAGUUUAGACACUCAACAGCACAGUUCUCCUCUUCAAGGGCGUAGUAUCCCCACGUCGAAGCGUCGUGUAGACCACCAAGAACAGUGGAACCAAUGCAAGAAGGAACUCGAAGGGAUGCAUUCAACUAUGCAUCGCUUAUCGAUAAUGCCGUCAACAGUUACCCCUGGUAGAACACUGCUAGCUGGAAGCAGGAAUGACGUUCCCGUGCAAUUAAGUGUAGGGACGCAGGGUACCGUUGCAAAGCAAACAAAUGUAGUUUCUAGAGGUAAGUGUCAUGCCUUUGAAAACCAUAUUAAUAGAGAGAAUAAAAGUGAUGCUUCUCAACCGAUAUUACCUCCAACCACACAAUUCCCUCAAAAUGAGCAGCAGCGUUUAGCUCACGUGCACUCAAGUUUAAUAAAUAACAAAAUAAUAUUGCUGAAACAGACUCGUAGCCCUUGUACCUUUAUUCCCCCCGUGACUACUGCGAAACAGCCUACAGUGCAGCAGCCUCCCGUGCAGCUGCCUUCAGUGCAGCAGUCUACAGUGCAGCAUCCUACAAUGCAGUAGCCUACAGUGCAGCAGCCUACAGUGCAGCGGCUUUCAGUGCAGCAGCCUUCAAUGCAGCAGCCUUCAGUGCAGUAGCCUUCAGUGCAGCAGCCUUCAGUGCAGCAGCCUUCACUGCAGCAGCCUUUCGUGCAGCAGCCUUUAGUGCAACAGCUUUCUGUGCAGCAGCCUUUAGUGCAGUCGAUCAUGCCCGUAAUGCAGCCCACCUUGCAACCGUUUCUGCAGCAGCCUGCUGUACAGCCAGUGCAGUCGUCUUUGGGUCGUCAGCCAUUCGUACAGCAACAGGGAUCCAAAGGGAAAGUGACCCUAUGCCAACACAACAACAGCUUACGCCACGUCAAUCGUUAUCUCGCGAUCUUCCAAUAUUUUCUGGGGAUCCAGCGGACUGGCCGAUAUUUGUAUCAAAUUAUGAAUACACAACGAGAGCAUGCGGCUAUACUUAUGGUGAGAACAUGGUUCGCCUUCAAAAAUGCUUACGAUGACGCGCGUUGGAAUGUGUUCGGAGUCGACUGGUAUUUUCGGCAGCGGUUUCACAAGUGAUAGAAACUAUACGUUUGAGAUAUGGGCGUCCUGAGUUGUUAAUAAACGUUUUGUUACAAAAAGUAAGAGCAAUGCCAUCUCCUCGGGGUGAUACACACUUAUUCUCGUUUCAAUUGUUCAGUAAUUUUUAUUACGGUCAUGUUCAGUAAAUUUGAAAAAAUACUGAUCAUUUUGUAAUUUCCUCAAAAAUAACUGAUGUCGGUUAAAGUUUUUACCGAAUUACCGUUAUACAAAUUGCUGACCUUUUCUGUGAACUAAAGUAUAUUCUGCACUUUCAUAGAGUUCAGUAAAUAUUUGACGAUCUGUCAGCACCUACCUAGGUGUUGCUGAAAACCCUUCAAUUGAUUUACUGAACUCUUGAUGUUUGUUACUAUACUGUUCGGCAAUUUUUCUGCAUCUGUGAAAACGAAACAUCGUCAUUUUGCAAAUAUUCAGUGUUUUGUAGUUGAGUUUUUAAAGUGUUUCGCGUAUGAUUUUCAAAAAAAAAUUUUAAAUGGAUAUCGUACUUUCAAAUCUACAAGAAACAAUGUGGAAGUACACGAUCUAUUCAGGAAGUUGUUAUUUAUCAAAUAUGUACGUAUUUGUGUAUUUUAGUUGAAUGUUUUAUAUCAUGGCACAUCCGCGACAAUGAUUUCACCCAAGAUUCUAUCUAUUUCGAUUGAUAUAAUGCAAAUCAUUUCAGUCAGCAUAUGGAAAUUUUUCCACCACAGGAGAGCACUAGAAGCCUGCAAUAAAAAGCCUAUAUUCAUCAUAACAUUAAACGUAUCAAGGUUUUACUUGAAUGUGCUGGGAACACCAGUACAAUCGAUCCAAACAAUCCGAAAUACCUUUAUAAAAUUAUUCAACGGUUGUAAUAGCAGCUUUCACAAUGGUCGUAUUUAUUUUUCUCUU